GUUAACUAGUUAGUGGAUUCCAUAGUGCUUCUAGAAGUAGCGAUACAGUCUGAUCUCAUAACUUUGCCCAUGCGCCUCUGUGAAUCUAUCAGUGAGAUUGAGAAGGAACCUGCAAAUAAGCAUUUUGUUCGACGGUGUAAGGAGGCUAUAUAACAUGUCAUGUGUAUCUCGUACAUACGACUAAUACAACUUCAAACUAGGUAUUUUACACUGCUUGACUCAACCAUUAUUUGGCGAGUGGUGGGUGGCAGCCUCGGUUAUCUUCCCCGAACCUGUAUGUCUCGAGGGACCAUCUAUUUAAACAGCCCAACGCGGGAUACAGACCAAGGAGUUGCCUUUCGAUGGCUCUUUAAUUUUUAUGUGAAACGGGCGGGAGGACAUUCCAAAUUCAACCUGGUAGCGUAAUUUAUUGCUGUAUAACACGUCGUGGAGCGAUACCGCGGUUGGACCAGUGCAGUCAAGGUUGAACGCCAUGGAAGAACUUAAGGAGAAUACUAAGAGGUAUCCUUUGGUGCGGGCUGCAUCUGAGGAGAGCUCCAGUGAGCUGAGCAGCUCUCCGUUCCCUGGAGACACCAUGCCCUGGAACCUCUCCAAACACCACCAGAUCAAACGUUCCAAGUCUACCUCCGGAGACGUGCAUGUGCUGGACUCUGCGGAGAGGGCCGUUCUCCGUAUCGCAGAUGAACGGGACCGGGUACAGAAGAAGACCUUCACAAAAUGGGUCAACAAGCACUUGAUGAAGCACUGGAGAGCAGAGGCCCAGCGGCAUAUCACUGACCUGUACGAGGACCUCCGAGAUGGACACAACCUCAUCUCCCUGCUGGAGGUGCUCUCUGGAGAGACACUGCCGAGGGAGCGUGACGUUGUCAGGAACUCGCGGUUGCCCAGGGAGAAGGGGCGCAUGCGCUUCCACAAACUGCAGAAUGUACAGAUCGCACUGGACUUCCUCAAACACAGACAGGUCAAACUGGUCAACAUCAGAAAUGAUGACAUCGCUGAUGGAAACCCCAAGCUGACCCUGGGCCUGAUAUGGACCAUCAUCCUUCACUUCCAGAUCUCCGACAUCCAGGUGAAUGGCCAGUCAGACGACAUGACGGCCAAGGAGAAGCUGCUGCUGUGGUCCCAGCGCAUGGUGGAGGGAUACCAGGGGAUGCGCUGCGACAACUUCACCACCAGCUGGAGGGACGGCAAGCUCUUCAACGCCGUCAUACACAAACACAGGCCUACUCUGAUUGACAUGAGUAAGGUGUACCGACAGACCCAUGUAGAGAACCUGGAGCAGGCCUUCAGUGUGGCAGAGAGAGACCUGGGUGUCACUCGGCUGCUCGACCCAGAAGAUGUGGAUGUGCCACACCCAGACGAGAAGUCCAUCAUCACAUACGUGUCCUCCCUGUAUGACGUCAUGCCCCGUGUACCUGACGUCCAGGAUGGGGUGAAAGCCAAUGAGCUGGAGCUGCGCUGGCAGGAGUACUAUGAGUUGGUGACCCUGCUGCUGCAGUGGAUCAGACACCACAUCAUCGUGUUUGAGGAGAGGAAGUUCCCUACCAGCUAUGAGGAGAUUGAGGUUCUUUGGCGCCAGUUUCUGAAGUUCAAGGAGACAGAGCUGCCGGCAAAGGAAGCUGACAAGAAUCGAUCCAAACAUGUCUACAAGUCCUUUGAGGGAGCAGUUCAGGUGGGUCAUGUCAAGGUGCCCCCUGGAUACCACCCUAUCGAUGUGGAGAAGGAGUGGGGUCGUCUGCAUGUAGCCAUAUUGGAGAGAGAGCGUCUUCUAAGGACAGAAUUUGAGAGGCUGGAGCGGCUGCAGAGGAUUGUCAGUAAGGUCCAGAUGGAGUCUGGGGUGUGUGAGGAGCAGCUCAACCAGGUUGAGGGCCUGCUACAGAUGGAUGUCCGUUUGCUGAACUCAGGAAAGCCUGCUAAGCACACAGCAGAUAUAGAGACAGACCUGGACAAGGCCGAGGGCAUGAUCCGGUACCUCUUCAACGAUGUGCAGCUGCUGAAGGAUGGACGCCACCUACAAGCUGAACAGAUGUACCGCAGAGUUUACCGUCUCCACGAGCGGCUGGUGAACCUGCGCAGUGAGUACAAUCUGCGCCUGAAGUCCGGGGUAACCAUCACCCAGAUGUCCCAGAUGCAAACCCUUCAGCAGGCACCCAUGAGGGUGCGUCCCGAGCUGGAUGAGGUGACCCUGCGCUACAUCCAGGACCUGCUGGCCUGGGUGGAGGAGAACCAGAGGCGGGUGGACCGAGGGGAAUGGGGCUCGGACCUGCCCACCGUGGAGUCCCAGCUGGGCAGCCACCGCGGCCUUCACCAGUCAGUGGAGGAGUUCCAUGCUAAGAUUGGCAGGGCAAAGGCAGACGAGAGUCAGCUCUCCCCUGUCAGCAAAGGUGCCUACAGAGACAACUUAUCCAAGCUAGAGUUGCAUUAUGGCAAGCUUCUGAAUUCUUCCAAGGCUCGUCUGCACAGCCUGGACGGGCUUCAUGCCUUUGUCACUGCAGCCACCAAGGAGUUGAUGUGGCUGAAUGAAAAGGAAGAGGAGGAGGUUAACUAUGACUGGAGCGAACGCAACACCAACAUGACAGCCAAGAAAGACAACUACUCGGGGUUGAUGAAAGAGCUGGAGCACAGGGAGAAGAGGGUCAACAGUGUCCAGGUCCAAGGAGACAAACUGCUGAAGGAGGGUCACCCUGCCAAGACAACUGUAGAGGCCUUCACUGCAGCCCUGCAGACCCAGUGGAGCUGGAUCCUGCAGCUCUGCUGUUGCAUCGAGUCCCACCUCAAAGAGAACACUGCCUACUUCCAAUUUUUCUCCGACGUGAAAGAGGCAGAGGAGAAGAUGAAAAAGAUGCAGAAGACCAUGAAGAAGAAAUACACAUGCAACCGUAACAUCACUGUGACACGACUCGAGGACUUGUUACAGGACGCAGCUGAUGAGAAGGAGCAACUGAAAGAGUUUAAGACCCAUUUGGAUGGGCUGAACCGGAGGGCCAAGACCAUUGUCCAGCUGAAGCCACGUAACCCAGCAACACCAGUUAAGGGAAAAUUGCCUGUCCAGGCCGUCUGCGACUUCAAACAGAUGGAGCUCACAGUUCACAGAGGGGAGGAGUGUGUACUGCUGGACAACUCUCAGCCGUACAAGUGGAAGGUGCAGAACCCCAAAGGCAGCAAGGCCACCGUGCCCUCCAUCUGUUUCCUGGUUCCUCCCACCAAUAAUGAAGCAGUGAGCGGCGUCUCAGGUCUGGACACUAGUCACCAGAACCUGCUGGUCCUGUGGCAGAUGCUGUACGUGGACAUGAAGAGCCUCAUGUCCUGGCAGUACCUGACGAGAGACAUCCACCUCAUCAGCUCAUGGAACAUCACCGCGUUUAAGACCCUGAGGGUGGAGGAGUACAGGCUAGCUUUGAGGAACCUGGAACUCCACUACCAAGAGUUCCUAAGAGACAGCCAGGACUCCCAGCUGUUUGGUGCAGAUGACCGCAUGCAGGUGGAGAGUAGCUACAACAAGGCUAGCCAGCACUACGAAGGACUGCUGCACUCUCUGGAGAAAGGCUAUGUGUCACCCUCUGGAGGUGAGCAAGAUGAAUCUGAGUGCCGAAGCUACCUGACCAAGAUCAAGGACCUGUGUCUGAAGCUGGAGGGCUGUGAGACUCGCACCGUCGCACAUCUGCGACAGCCCGUGGACAAGGAGCCGCUCAAGGCUUGCGCCCAGAGGACCGCUGAGCAGAAGAAAGUCCAGUCAGAGUUGGAGGGCUUGAAGAAAGACCUGACCAAUGUGGCUGAGAAGACAGAGGAGGUGCUGGCAUCUCCUCAGCAGUCCGACUCCACCCCAGUACUGCGCUCUGAGCUGGAUAUUACGCUGAAGAAGAUGGAGCACAUCUACAGCCUGUCCUCCGUGUACCUGGACAAACUGAAGACCAUCGACAUAGUGAUCCGCAGCACAAAGGGAGCAGAGGACACCCUCAAAAAGUAUGAAGCCCGUUUACGAGACGUAAACAAGAUGCCAACAGAUGAAAAAGAGGUGGAGAACUACCACACCCAGCUAAAGACAAUGCGUGGCGAGGCAGAGGAUGACCAGAAGACGUUCGACAAUCUCCAGGUGGAACUGAAAAAGGCGGCGGCCGUGAAUGAGCGGAUUAAGCUGGUCCACAGCGAGCACAACACCGAGAUGGAACACUACCGCCAACUAGUGGCCGGGCUAGAGGAGCGCUGGCAGGUCGUGUUUGCCCAGAUAGACCUGCGCCAACAGGAACUGGACUUGCUGGGGAGGCAGAUGUGCGCCUACCACGAGAGCUAUGACUGGCUCAUCAGAUGGCUCGGUGAUGCCAAGCAAAGGCAGGAGAAGAUCCAGGCCAUACCCAUCGGCGACAGCAAGGCCCUUAUGCAACAGUUGGCACAGGAGAAGAAACUCCUAGAAGAGAUCGAGAAGAACAAAGAUAAGGUUGAGGAGUGUCAAAAACAUGCAAGGGCAUAUAUUGAUGCGGUCAAGGACUAUGAGCUUCAGGUGGUGACAUACAAAGCUCUGGUGGAGCCCCUGGCUUCGCCCCUUAGGAAAACCAAAAUGGAGUGUGCAUCUGACAAUAUCAUCCAAGAGUAUGUGACUCUGAGAACCCGCUACAGUGAGCUAAUGACUCUGACCAGCCAGUACAUCAAGUUUAUCACGGAGACACAGCGCCGCCUUGAGGACGAGGAGAAAGCUACUGAAAUACUAAAGAAGGAGGAGAGAAAAAAGCUGUCUGAGAUGCAGGCUGAAUUAGACAAACAAAGACAGUUAGCUGAGGCACACGCAAAAGCUAUCGCUAAAGCGGAACAAGAAGCCCAGGAGCUCAAGUUGAAAAUGAAAGAAGAGGUCAGCAGGAGGGAGGUUGUGAAAGUGGAUUCUGAGAAACAGAAGCACAACAUACAGCAGCAGCUGCACGAACUCAAGAACCUGUCAGAGCAAGAGAUCCAAUCCAAGAGCCAGCAGGUUGAGGAGGCACUGUACAGUCACACCAAGAUAGAAGAGGAGAUCCACAUCAUCAGAAUCCAAUUAGAGACCACCAUAAAGCAGAAGGCCACUGCUGAGGCCCAAGUUCAGCAGCUCAGGGACAUGGCUGUCGAGGCUGAGAGACUGAGAAAAGUUACUCAGGAGGAGGCAGAGAAGCUUCGCAAGCAGGUGAAUGAAGAGACUCAGAAAAAGCGCAACGCGGAGGAGGAGCUGAAACACAAAGCGGAGGCAGAACAAGAGGCUGCCAAGCAAAAGCAGAAGGCCCUGGAUGAGGUGCAGAAGUUCAAGAUGCAAGCUGAAGAGGCAGAGAGGCGCAUGAAACAGGCAGAGGAGGAGAAGCAGAGGCAGGUCAUGGUUGCAGAGGAGGUGGCACAGAAGAGUGCCGCCACCGAGCUGCAAACCAAACGCAUGUCCUUUAACGAGAAGGCAGUAAAGCUCGAGGCAUCACUGAAACAAGAACAGGACACUGUUAUUCAGUUGCAGGAACAGGCAGAGCGCCUCAAGAAGCAACAAGAAGAAGCCAACAAAGCCAGGGAGGAAGCAGAGAAGGAACUUGAGAAGUGGAGGCAGAAAGCCAACGAGGCACUCCGUUUGAGACUCCAGGCCGAGGAAGAUGCCCAUAAGAAGAGCCAGGCUCAGGAGGAAGCAGAGAAGCAGAAAGAGAACGCUCAGCGAGAGGCAAAGAAAAGGGCUAAGGCUGAAGAGGCUGCUCUUAAGCAAAAGGAAAUGGCAGAGAAGGAGCUGGAGAAACAGAGGAAAUUGGCAGAGGGAAUGGCCCAGCAGAAACUCUCUGCAGAGCAAGAGCUAAUUCGCCUAAGGGCUGACUUUGACCAUGGUAAGCAACAGAGGUCUCUAUUGGAUGAAGAGCUCCAGCGCCUGAAAAAUGAGGUUAAUGCUGCUGUAAAACAAAGGAAAGAGCUAGAAGAUGAACUGGCCAAAGUAAGACGUGAAAUGGAAGUUCUUCUUCAGAUGAAGUCCAAAGCUGAGAAGGAGACCAUGUCUACAACAGAGAAAAGCAGAAAUCUCCUUGAGUCUGAGGCAUCGAAAAUGAGACAACUAGCUGAAGAGGCGACUAAGUUGAGAUCAAUUGCUGAAGACGCAAAGAAGCAGAGGCAGGUAGCAGAGGAUGAGGCAGCUCGGCAAAGAGGAGAGGCUGAGAAGAUACUCAAAGAAAAACUGGCAGCCAUUAAUGAAGCAACUUGUCUGAAAACUGAAGCUGAGAUUGCCCUGAAGGAUAAAGAGGCAGAAAAUGAGCGACUUAGGAGAAAAGCCGAAGAUGAGGCUUAUCAGAGAAAGGUCCUGGAAGACCAAGCAAAACAGCACAAGCAAGACAUUGAUGAAAAGAUCACCCAGCUUAAGAAAACAUCUGAUUCUGAAUUGGAGAGGCAGAAGAAGAUUGUAGAGGAAACUCUUAAGCAGAGGAGGGUGGUCGAAGAGGAGAUUCGCAUACUAAAACUAAACUUUGAGGAGGCAUCAACAGGCAAGUUGGAUCUUGAGUUGGAGUUGAACAAGCUUAAAGGCAUUGCAGAUGAGACACAUAAGAACAAAGUCAAGGCGGAGGAAGAAUCAGAGAAACUCAGAAAGCAUGCUUUAGAGGAGGAGAUCAAAAGGAAGCAAGCUGAAGAGAAAGUAAAAAAGAUCACUGCAGCAGAGGAAGAGGCAGCGCGACAAUGCCAGGCAGCUCAGAAUGAAGUGGAGCGCCUUAAAAAGAUUGCUGCUGAUGCUAACAAGCAAAAGGAGGAUGCUGACAAAGAAACAGAGAAACAGAUUGGUCUAGCCAAAGAGGCUGCACAGAAAUGUAGUGCUGCAGAAAAGAGAGCACAGGCUGUUCUGGUCAAGCAGAAAGAGGACAAUCUUUUCCAGGGCAAGCUCAAAGAGGAGUUUGACAAGGCUAAAAAUCUUGUACAAGAAGCUGAGAAGGCGAAGGAGAAAGCUGAGAAAGAGGCUGCUUUACUCCGUCAAAAAGCAGAGGAUGCUGAGAAGCAGAAGAAAGCAGCUGAAGCUGAGGCUGCCAAACAGGCCAAGGCUCAGGGGGAUGCUGAGAGACUGAGGAUGGAAGCAGAGCAGGAGGCUGCAAAGCAAGCAGAAGCUGAGGCUGCUGCUCUGAAACAGAAACAGCAGGCAGAUGCAGAGAUGGCCAAGCACAAAAAGCUAGCUGAACAAACAGUGAAGCAGAAGAAACAAGUUGAGCAGGAGCUGACAAAGGUGAAACUACGACUGGAUGAGACUGAUAAGCAGAAAUCUGUUUUGGAUGAAGAGCUUCAGCGCCAGAAGGAUGAAGUUAGCAAUGCUGUCAAGCAGAAAGCUCAAGUGGAGGAUGAGCUAUUCAAGAUCAAGGUCCAGAUGGAGGAGCUGGUCAAACUUAAGCUUAGAAUUGAGAAUGAAAACCAGCGUCUCAUGAGUAAAGACAAAGAUAAUACUCAGAAAUUCUUGGAAGAGGAAGCUGAGAACAUGAAGAAGCUUGCGGAGGAUGCUGCCAGGCUAAGCUUAGAAGCUCAGGAGGCAGCCCGAGAGAGACAGAUUACAGAGUCCGAGCUUGAAGAACAGAGGGCUCUUGCUGACAAAAUGCUGAAGGAGAAAAUGCAAGCUAUCCAAGAAGCAGCUAAACUGAAAGCUGAGGCAGAGAAUCUCCAGAAACAAAAGGACAAGGCUCAGAAGCAGGCCCAAAAACUGCUGGAGGACAAGCAGCAGAUGCAGCAACGCUUUGAGGAGGAGACAGAGGGCUUCCAAAAAUCCCUAGAGGCUGAGCGCAAGAGGCAGCAUGAAGCUACGGUGGAGGCAGAAAAACUGAAGCUUAGGGUGACACAGCUUAGUGAUGCUCAGUCUAAAGCAGAAGAGGAGGCCAAGAAAUUCAAGAAACAAGCAGAUGAGAUCAGGGUUCGUCUCCAAGAGAAAGAGCAACAUGCUUCUGAAAAAGUAAUUGUAGAGAAACUGGAGGUGCAGAGAUUACAGAGCAGCAAAGAGUCUGAUGACCUACGCAAAGCCAUAGCUGACCUUCAGAAAGAAAAUGAGAAAUUACAAAAAGAGGCUGCAGAUCUACAGAACAAUUCUAAAGAGAUGGCCAAUGCCCAACAGGAACAAAUUAAAAAGGAAAAGAUCGUUCUUGAGCAGACUUUCCUGACAGAAAAACAAUUGUUGUUGAAAAAAGAAAAGCUCAUUGAAGAAGAGAAAAAUAAGCUUGAGAAACAGUUUGAGGAUGAGGUUAAGAAGGCCAAAGAUCUCAAAGAUGAGCAGGAUCGUCAAAGGAAGCAGAUGGAACAGGAGAAGAAGAAACUCCACGCUACAAUGGAUGCCGCUGUUAAAAAGCAGAAGGAUGCUGAGGAGGAGAUGAGCAACAAGCAGAAAGAGAUGCAGGAUCUUGAAAAGAAAAGGCUUGAACAAGAGAAAUUGUUGGGUGAGGAGAAUGAAAAGCUUCGAGAGAAGCUGCAGCAACUUUCUACAUUAAAAACAUCAGCAAAAUCCCACACUAAAGAAAUGGAGAUGCAAACGGAUGAGGUCCCUGAAGAUCAGCUGAUUGCAAUGACAAUGGUGGGAACAACAAAGAAAGUAUACGAUGGGUCUGCAGUAGUAGAUGGUGAGAAGAAAAACGAAGAAUUACCAUUUUCUUUCGAUGGGAUUAGGGAGAAGGUUCCUGCCAGCAGGCUCCAUGACAUUGGUAUACUGAACAAGAAGGACUUUGAUAAGCUGAAAAAAGGCAAAACCACAGUGAAAGACCUGAGCAAGACUGAGAAAGUGAAAACAUGUCUCAAAGGCAAGAAUAGUGUUGGCGGAGUCUUGACUGCAGCCAAGCAAAAAAUGAGUGUGUAUCAGGCCAUGAAAGAGAAUAAACUUUCUCCUGGCGCUGCCACAAUGCUUCUUGAAGCUCAGGCAGCAUCUGGGUUCAUCAUCGAUCCAGUGAAAAACAGAAUGCUCACUGUGGAUGAAGCUGUAAAGGAGGAAUUAAUAGGUCCAGAACUCCAUAACAAAAUGCUUUCUGCAGAAAAAGCAGCUACUGGUUACAAAGAUCCUUACACUGGAGACAAAAUCUCACUCUUUGAGGCCAUGAAAAAAGGUCUGAUUGAACAAGACCAGGCCGUUAGACUUCUGGAUGCUCAGAUUGCAACUGGUGGAAUAAUUGACCCUGUUAAUAGUCACCGUGUGCCUCUCCAGACAGCCUAUAAGCAGGGCCAAUUGGAUGCUGAGAUGAGCAAAACUCUAUCAAACCCUACUGAUGACUCAAAGUUAUUCAUUGACCCAAGCUCUCAGGAGAGCCUCACUUAUCAGCAACUAUUGGAGAAAUGCACCCCAGAUGCAGAGACAGGCCUACUUAUGUUACCAAUCACAGAGAAAGCUACACAAAGUGACAAGACCUACACAACUGAAGAAACUAAAGAUGUACUCACUAAAGCGAAUAUCUCUGUACCAUUUGGAAGAUUCCAAGGAAAGACUGUGACCAUUUGGGAAAUCAUUAACUCAGAGUAUUUCACAGAGGCACAGAGGAAGGAUCUGAUUCGCCAGUACAAGACCGGAAAAAUUACUGUGGAAAAAAUUAUCAAAAUUGUAAUUAGCGUUGUGGAAGACAAAGAGAAGAGGAAUGAAAUUGUGUUUGACGGUCUGAGGAUUCCUGUCACUGCAGCUGAACUUCUAGAAUCUAAGAUCCUCAAUAAAGACCUGUUCAACAAAUUGCAUAAUGGUAAAACAACUGUCAAAGAAAUCUCUGAGAUGGAGCCUGUUAAGAAAGCCUUAAGGGGUACACAUAGCAUUGCUGGAGUGAUCAUUGAGUCAACAAAUGAGAAAAUACCAUUCUAUCAAGCUGUAAAGGAACAGAUGCUCUCUCCCGAGACUGCAUUGACUCUUCUUGAGGCUCAAGCUGGGACUGGAUUUGUAAUUGACCCUGUCAAAAAUCAGAAGCUCACUGUGGAUGAGGCUGUUAAAUCAGGUCUUGUUGGCCCAGAGAUGCAUGAAAUACUUGUGUCUGCAGAGAGAGCUGUUAAUGGGUACAAAGAUCCCUACACUGGAAAUAAUCUAUCCCUAUUUGAGGCAAUGUUGAAAGACCUCAUUAAGAAAGACCAGGGUAUCCGUCUGCUAGAGGCUCAGCUUGCAACUGGGGGUAUAAUUGAUCCAGUUAAAAGUUAUCACAUCCCACAUGAUGUUGCCUGCAAACGUGGAUAUUUUAACGAUGAAACAAACAAGACCUUGAGCAGCAACACUGAUGAAACUAAAGUUUUCUUUGAUCCUAACAUGUGGGAGAAUGCAUCUUAUGUACAACUCAUGAAAAAAUGUGUCACUGACAAAGAGACUGGUUUUCCAUUUCUUCCGCUCUCAGAGAAAGCAAUUCAAAAGUCAAAAGAGGGACAUUAUAAGUCAAAAGAGGAACAUCAAUACACUGAGGUCCAGAUCAAAGAUGCCCUGAACCAGGCAACUAUGGAUCUGCCGUAUGGACCUUUCAAAGGAAGGAAAGUCACUAUUUGGGAGAUCAUAAACUCUGAAUAUAUUACAGAGGAACAAAGAAUCGAGUUGAUUCGACACUACAGAACUGGAACAGUGACUAUUGAAAGAAUGAUUACAAUCAUUGUCACAAUGGUUGAUGAAAAGGAGGCUAAGAAACAGGAAAAGGAACAGGCCAGCUUUGAAGGGCUUAGGUCAUCGGUCACUGCCAGCUCAUUGUUUGAAUCCAAAAUAAUUGAUAAAGCUACAUAUGAUCAACUCCAACAGGGUAAAAAGAAACCCAAAGAAAUCAGUGACAUUGACUCAGUCAGAAAGUACUUGCAAGGAACAGAUGGGCAGAUUGUAGGCAUCUAUAUGGGCGAAUCAAAGGAAAAGGUUAGCAUUUAUCAAGCAAUGAAGAAGAACAUAUUGAGACAAAAUACAGGUCUUUCGUUGCUCAUGGCACAAGCAGCAACCGGUUUCAUUAUCGAUCCUGUCAAAAACCAGAGGUACACUGUGGAUGAUGCUGUGAAAGCAGGAGUUGUUGGUCCUGAGGUUCACGAGAAACUUCUGUCAGCAGAGAAAGCAGUGACUGGCUACAGAGAUCCAUACACGGGCAACACGAUUUCCCUCUUCCAAGCCAUGAAGAAGGAGCUUGUGCUACGAGAACAUGCUAUUCCCCUGUUGGAAGCUCAGGUGGCCACAGGAGGGAUUAUUGAUCCAGUCAGCAGCCACUGUGUUCCAAAUGAUGUGGCCUUCCAACGUGGCUAUUUCAAUAAGCAAAUGGCUAAUAACUUCACUGACCCCUCAGGGGAUAUCAAAGCUUUCAUUGAUCCCAACAAUAAUGAAAGUUCCACCUACAAACAACUGCAAGAGAAAUGCAUAAGAGAUGCAGAUACCGGUCUGUGCUUCCUGCCGUUAUCAAAGGCUGAAGCUCAAAGUCCCGUGGAAAAGUCAUACGUAUACACUGAAGAAAUGGCACAGACAGACUUGACUAACACUCAAGUGGAUAUCCCUCAUCAGAGCUAUGCAGGGAAGGUAAUGACCCUAUGGGAUGUCAUGGGGUCAAACCUUCUCCCCGAGGAGGAAAAGCUAAGGCUCCUGGAGCAGUAUCGCCUCGGGCAAAUCACAAAGGAGAGAAUGAUCAUCAUUGUCAUUGAAAUCAUUGAACAAAGGGAGAUACUGAAAGGAGAGCAGAGCAUGUCCUGUGAUGUGAUCAGACGAAGAGUCACUAUUGAGGAGCUCUAUAGUUCUCGCAUUAUCGACCUUCAAACAUACAACAUGUUGAAGCAAGAGAAGAAAACUAUCCGGGAGGUAAUGGAAAUGCCGUCUGUAAAGCAGUAUUUGUUUGGCACAGGCAGUAUUGCUGGAAUCCUCUCAGACUCCCCCUCUAAGGUUAGUAUUUACCAGGCCAUGAAGAGAGGUCUCAUUAAGCCUGAUUUUGCUAUCAGUCUCCUGGAGGCCCAAGCAGCAACAGGAUUCAUCAUUGACCCUGUGAAAGAAGAAUUGCUAACAGUUGACGAAGCUGUGCGCAAAGGGCUAGUCGGCCCUGAAAUCCAUGACAAACUUCUCUCUGCCGAGAGGGCAGUCACUGGCUACAAGGAUCCUUACAGUGGAAAAGUAAUCUCGCUCUUCCAAGCGAUGAAAAAAGACCUUGUUCCUGAGGACUAUGCCCUGAGGCUCCUUGAAGCCCAGGCUUCCACUGGGGGACUUAUGGAUCCAGAAUAUUACUUUCACCUUCCCACAGAUGUUGCCAUGCAACGCGGAUACAUCAAUAAGGAAACGCAUGACAGGAUCACUGAUCCAAACAGUGAUGUACAAGGUUAUGUUGAUCCAACCACAGAGGAGAGACAGACCUAUGCCCAGCUGCUGAAGAGAUGCAAAGCUGAUAAAGAGAGUGGUCUGCGAUUACUUUCACUGGCCGACAGAAGGCUGCUUUUCAAGGGUCUCAGAAAGCAAAUCACCUUAGAUGAGCUGCUUCGUUCACAGAUUAUUGACCAAAAGACAUACAAUGAUCUCACUGAAGGCCUUAUCUCAGUAGAAGAGGUCAGCAGAGAAGUGAAGAAGUACCUUGAGGGCACAAGCUGCAUUGCCGGAGUAUAUGUAGAAUCCAGCAAAGACCGUCUGUCCAUCUACCAAGCAAUGAAAAAGAACAUGAUAAGACCCGGGACAGCCUUUGAACUUCUUGAGGCUCAAGCAGCAACAGGAUAUAUAAUUGACCCAAUAAAGAACCUGAAGCUGAAUGUUGGUGAAGCUGUUAAAAUGGGAGUUGUUGGUCCAGAGUUCAAAGACAAGCUCAUCUCUGCUGAGCGUGCCGUUACAGGCUACAGGGAUCCGUACUCUGGCAAGAUCAUCUCUCUAUUCCAGGCCAUGAAAAAGGGUCUCAUUCUGAAAGACCACGGCAUUCGCCUAUUGGAAGCCCAAAUUGCCACUGGUGGGAUCAUUGACCCAGAAGAGAGUCACCGCUUGCCAGUCGAGAUGGCCUACACACGUGGCCUGUUUGAUGAGGAGAUGAAUGGCAUUCUUACAGACCCAUCUGAUGACACUAAAGGCUUCUUUGACCCUAACACUGAGGAGAACCUCACUUACCUGCAACUGAUGGAGCGAUGUAUGAUUGACCCGGAAACUGGACUAGCACUUUUGCUGUUGAAAGAAAAGAAACGUGAGAGGAAGACAUCCUCUAAAUCGUCUGUGCGUAAACGCAGAGUAGUCAUUGUUGACCCAGAGACAGGCAAAGAGAUGUCUGUAUAUGAGGCAUAUCGCAAAGGACUUAUAGAUCAACAGACCUACAUGGAGCUUGCAGAGCAAGAGUGUGAGUGGGAGGAGAUUACUAUAUCCUCAUCUGAUGGUGUUGUGAAGUCCAUGAUCAUUGAUAGGAGGUCUGGCCGACAGUAUGACAUUGAUGAUGCAAUCACAAAGGGCCUCAUUGACCAGUCUGCUCUGGAUCAAUACCGUGCUGGAACUCUGUCCAUCACAGAGUUUGCAGACAUGUUGUCCGGAAACAUAACUGGCACCAGAUCCAGGUCAUCCUCUUUUGGGUCCACAUCAUCUUACUCCAGUAGCCCAGCUCCCUCUAUCAAACCCCCAGCAACAAUAUGGAAUGACCCAACAGAAGAAACCGUGCCUGUGGCUGGAAUACUGGAUACUGACACAUUGGAAAAGGUGUCUGUCACAGAAGCCAUGCACAGAAAUCUUGUGGACAAUAUCACAGGUCAAAGAUUGCUGGAGGCUCAGGCUUGCGUUGGUGGCAUCAUUGAUCCAAACACUGGAGAGAAGUUCUCAGUUUCAGAUGCAAUGAACAUGGGACUUGUGGAUAAGAUCAUGGUUGACCGAAUCAACCUGGCACAGAAGGCCUUCAAUGGAUUUGAGGAUCCCAGAACCAAAAAAAAAAUGUCUGCUGCACAAGCAUUAAAAAAAGGGUGGUUGUACUAUGAGGCGGGUCAGAGAUUCCUGGAAGUACAAUAUCUAACUGGUGGUUUGAUCGAACCAGAGGUCACUGGCAGAGUUCCACUAGACGUUGCAGUCAACAAGGGCACCCUAGAUGCACGUACUGCACAAAAGCUACGAGAUGUCAGUGGAUACUCCAAAUACCUCACCUGUCCAAAGACAAAGCUUAAGAUCUCGUACAAGGAUGCCAUGGAUAGAAGCAUGAUUGAGGAGGGUUCUGGUCUGCGUCUGUUGGAAGCCUCUUCUCAAUCAAGUAAAGGCCUUUACAGUCCCUACAGUGUUAGCGGUUCUGGGUCAGCAUCCGGUUCCCGGCCCGACUCAAGAACUGGCUCCAGGUCAGGCUCCAGACGAGGGAGCUUUGAUGCCACAGGCUCUGGUUUCUCCACUAACUUUUCCCCCUCCUCCUUCAGCUCGACGAGCUAUGGGCGCAGAUAUAAUGCAGGAUUACAAAGCGGACUUAGCAUGGAUGAGCUAGCACAGGCCCUGACAUCAUUAGCAAUGGGCAGGAACUGCAGUUCUGAAGAGAGAAUAUUCACCACAAUACAACCCAAUUACUCACCAGUUGCCUAAUUCUUAUUAGAAAAAUAGACUACCUUUAUUCUGCUCUGCAUGUCGUUAUUAUGGGGCUUUUCUGCAGUAUAUUAUACAUCUUUUUGCUGGCUUUACAUUUUGUCCAUAUUUUAUUCAGUUAAAUCUUUUUGAAGUACAUUUUUGGUUGCUCUUUUUUGUUUUGUGUAGUCUGAGAAGUCACAUUUUUGUAGACUGUAAUGGCAAUGUUGCCAUUAUUUAUAUGCUUACAUACAGAAGAGCUGUAUUCAACCUAUUCUAUUUUUAAUUUUAGCAACUACAAUGAUAUUGAUAAUAACGUUUUCAGUGUUAGACAUAUUUUUUUCAUUUUUAAUCCAGCUUGUUAUUAGUUCUAAUUCAUUAUACUUCUAUAGUUACAUUUUCAAACAUUUGAGUAAAAAUUAUAUUUUGAUUUUUGAUAUAUUUCUGUUAAAUUCCAUCAAAGAAAGAACCAUAUCUAUUAUAAAGUAUACCUUUUUAUGGCAAAAACAAAUUAGAUGUAAAAGCUGUUAAACGGAUGUCUGUCAUUACAAAUAUAUAGAAAGGAAAGCAUCCAAUCUGCAGAGUAGAAUAAGGAGUCACAGGACAAUGAAUUAUUAUAACACUGGAAGAAAUGCUUAAACAAAAACCAAGCUUCAAGAUCUUUUCUCAUCUCGGCUACAGUGCCGCUAAUACUUUGCUAAUGUUUGGAUUCUACCUAUCCCCUUCUUGUAAUAUACAAUGGACUACCAAUCAGUUAAAACUAUGCAGUCUUUAUACAGUCAAGCACCUUAUGGAGAGAGCAUUCCAAGGAUGGCAAUCCCAACAUAAUAUAACCUGGACAAACUCACUUGAAGUGAAAGAUGCCCCAAAUCACCAGGAAACAGCUCGGUCUCAUCUCAAGCUGAAAUAACUUCUCAGCAGAACCAUUGCUUCUCUGGAGACUUUUGAAAGCUAUCUCUACUCCUCCUCUGUGUGCUGAUGCUUUGAUGUCUUCCAAUAUCCUGAGAACCUCAAGUCAAAAAGAAGAUCACCGGCAAUGUUCAAGACUGCACCGACAUACAUGUCCAUCAUUUGUUUUAGACUUUUUAUUUUUCUGCCAUUUAUUCAAAAAAUAAAGGAAGAUGUUGUUAACUGAG